AUCUGGCCCCGUGACCUGGACCCCUUUCUCUGCACCCACCUGGUAUUCGCCUUUGCCUCAAUGAACGACAAUCAGCUGGUGGCCAAGGACCUCCAGGAUGAGAAAAUGCUCUACCCGGAGUUCAACAAGCUCAAGGAGAGGAACCGGGGGUUGAAAACUCUGCUGUCCGUCGGAGGCUGGAACUUCGGCACAUCCAGGUUCACCCAUAUGCUGUCCACACCCGCCACCCGGGGGAGGUUCAUCAGUUCAGCUAUAUCCCUCCUGAGGACACACGGCUUCGAUGGUCUGGACCUCUGCUUCUUGUACCCGGGACUGAGAGGCAGCCCCACGCACGACCGGUGGAAUUUUCUCUUCUUAAUUCAAGAACUGCUGUCGGCUUUCCAGGAGGAGGCCCAGCUCACCUCGCGCUCGAGGCUGCUGCUGUCUGCGGCUGUCUCUGGGGACCCGCACGUCAUCCAAACAGCGUAUGAUGUGCCCCAACUAGGAAGACUCCUGGACUUCAUCAGCGUCUUGACGUACGACUUACACGGAAGCUGGGAAAAGUUCACAGGGCACAACAGCCCCCUGUUCUCUCGGCUCGGAGACCCCAAAUCUUCGGCACAUGCCAUGAACUCCUGGCGAGAGCGGGGGGCCCCCUCGGAGAAGCUCCUCAUGGGGUUCCCCACCUACGGACGGACAUUCCACCUCCGCCGGGCCUCUGAGAACCGGCUGCAGGCCGAAGCUGUGGGGCCUGCGGCUCCGGGGAAGUACACCAAGCAGCCCGGCUUCCUGGCUUAUUUCGAGGUGUGCUCCUUCCUCCAGGGGGCGAGGAAGCUGUGGAUCGAUCACCAGUACGUCCCGUAUGCCUACAAAGGGGAGGAGUGGCUUGGCUAUGACGACCCCGCCAGCUUCAGAUACAAGGCAUCGUACAUAAAGAGAGAGCACUUCGGGGGGGCCAUGGUGUGGACCUUGGACCUGGACGACGUCAGGGGCGUGUUCUGUGGCGCUGGCCCUUUCCCCCUCGUCUGCGUGUUGCAUCGCCUCCUGCGGCAGGCCCAGUCCAGCUCAACUCUUUUACUAAAGAUUUGGAUCCCAUCUGCUAUGAAUUCCUCAGGAACCAGCCCUGGAAGGCUGACCACUGAUUCUCGGGGGCUGCUCCCAGGAGGGGUGAAUGUGACCGAGGCGCUGACCACUGAUUUGCGGGGGCUGCUCCCAGGGGGAGAGGGCGUGGCCACUGGGACCCAGAGAAAGGCUGACACUGUGACGACACUCCCCAGAGGCAGGGCGGUGAGCCCCACCUGGGGAACCGCAGGCUUUGUGAAGCACAGUGUGGCUCUGCAAGGGGAGACAGAGACCCCCGUGGGAAAGAUUAUCAUGACUCCUGUGGCCCCUGAGUAGAUGAUUCUGGCCUCUGUGACUCUUCGGGCUGAGACCUCUGGAGGGAAGGUCGAGGUCCGUGGAAGGAAGGCUGUAGCACCUGCUAAGAUGACUGUCCCUCGCAGAGAUGAUGGUCCUCCUGGUGGGAUGACUUUGACAUCUGAGGGGACACUGACCCCGAUAGGUUACCUUGGUCUUUAGAUGGGAGCUGAGAACAGGAUUCUGCCCUGCGGCCUGUCAUCGAGCCCCCAGGACACGUCUCUUGCUUUUGACAACCUCUUGUUUCCCGUGGACAGAAAGCAUUCUGUCAACUCGAUGUCCCUUCCAAGUCCUCUCUCUCUAAGGAAAGGAAACCUAGAAAACUCUUCUGUGGGUCAAGGAACCUAAGCUCUGUUGGUGGCACAUGCUGGGACAGCCCUUGUCUUUUCUUGACAGAAGCCACCUGUCCCCAGCCAUUCGUAACCACUCACGGGG